AUGGUGACUACAGCAAACCCUGCCACCAUUACCCAGGCUGUAACUCUGGCUGUCAGCCUUACUAAAGAUGCUGAUAGGAUGAAGAAGUUAUCAUUGAAGAUAACUGAGAAAAUGGAAACUCAUGCUGAGUCGUCUGGGGAUAAGAAAAGGAAGCACUCGAGCCUUAAUCAAGCCACCCAAAACAACAACAAGAACUCCAAUAACAACAAGAAGCAUGAUUCAAAUCCACCCCAUGAGGCGAAGACGUUUGCGGCUGCAAACGAAACUGGAGUUAAGAAGUAUCUGGGUAACCUGCCCAAAUGUGAUAAAUGCAAGUAUCACCAUCUGGGUGCUUGUCGUGGGCCGAAGUGUGAAAAGUGUGGUAAACUGGGUCAUCGUACAGAGGAUUGUCGGGGAAGAGGAAACGUAGGGGGAAAUGGUAAUGGUAAUGGGAAUCGCAAUGGUAACAAUGCUGGCAAUGGAAAUGGAAAUGGGAAUGGUAAUGGCACUAGUAAUCGAAACGGAAAUGGGAAUGGACGUAACCAAGGAUGUUUUGGAUGUGGUAGUAAGGAGCACUACACGAAAGAUUGCCCGAAGGAGAACAACGCUCAAGGUCGAGCAUUUGUCAUUGGAGCAAGGAACACCUGCGAAGACCCUAACGUGGUCACCGAUAUUCCUUAUUUCAUAGAAUUAGCUGAUGGUAAACUUGUCAAAACGGGUGAAGUUAUUAAAGGAUCUUCGUUUGAACUUGGAGAACGAAAAUUUGAUAUUGAUCUGUUACCCGUCCAGUUGGGGUGUUUUGAUGUUGUGCGUUUGGAGCUUAAAACGAGGGAAAAUGCUUCUUUAGAUGGGAAUGGAAUGGAGCGGAUUACACAAGGAUUGGAAAGAAGAACAAAGGAGAAGUUUCGGGGGUCCACCGUAAAAUACGGUGGCUACCGUAAUUUACUGUAG